AUGGCGGUGGCGAUUGAUAUCGACAACGCCUUCAACUCGCUCCGCUGGUGUAAGGUACAGGAGGGACUGGAGUUUCUCCGGGUUCUUCUGUAUUUGAGUAACGUCAUCUGGGCGUAUCUUUGGGAUAGGUGGAUUUUAUUCAAUGACAGGGACGACAGGUCUCGCAGGAGACAAAUUGAUGGCGUGGUGCCCCAAGGAUCCAUCCUGGGGUCCACACUAUGGAAUAUCGCAUACGACAUAGUAUUGAGGGAUACCCUCAUUCCGAACACGGAAGUCGUCUACUACGCGAACGACACGCUUCUGCUGGUCGGCGAGACGGGAUUUGCGGUGGUCAGCCGAGCCGCGGAAGUGGCGGCAUUGGCGUUGUUGCGCU